AUGUUACGCUCGCCGAUUUCACCUGAGCGUUCCUCCGCCCGACCGCCAAAUCCCUCUCGACCAUCCUUCGAUAGUGAAUUGGAACGUCCAGGCUCCUCUGGAAGUGAUGCCUCUUCAGUGACUUCCAAUGUGACAACCAUAUCCGCCGUCCAAACCCCAUUUUAUCAACCUCCUAGUGGGACGUCGUCCCCCCGGCCGCCGCGGACCUCAUCGAUUACCACCGCCACCGUGAGUAGCCAGAACGGCCCUUCGCCUACCCGCACUCGGCCUCCCGCUUCCUUCAUGCCACAAAAUGAGAUAUCGAGUAGGAAACCGACGGGUCGGGCGCAUCCGCCCGAUCUGAUGAUGAAACAUCGGUCUCGACAUCACUCACAGGGGUUCUUCGAACCUUCCCUCCCUACGGCGUCCGCCUCGGACUCGACCAUUUCGGCUUCGAGAAUCGCAGCCCAGACUGCGAUGCAACAACAGCAGCAGCAACAGGGCAGUAACACGCAACAACUACCCAAACGACCUCAGACCAUUCUCUAUACUCCGGACGAUGGAUCGAGAACCAGGGGAGGUAGUAUUUCCCCUCCCCCACUAUUGCCAGCCCCUUCCCUACCACCGCCCGGGUCCAGUGGAUCAUCAGGGCAAACAUAUCAGAAUGGCCAUUCCGGUGUGGCGACCACUGCAGCCAAUGUGGCGUUUCCACGACACGCUGGGCUGCAACCUCCCGGGCUAGAAGCGCCGCCGGAAAAGGAGCACAAACAUAAAGGAGAGAAACCGAAGAUGAAGCUGUUUUCGAAGCCGAAACAUAUUGGGAUUAGCCGGGAUAAAGACGGAAUACCAAAAGAUAGGGGGCUCCCAUCACCCAGCAAAAUGGGUUUCUCCGGAGCAGGAUUGUCACGCAUUGUCAGUGCAUCUACGACAAGCUUAGCUGAGACCUUCCCAUCUAACAACUCCUCGAUGUAUAACCUAUCCAAUGCUUCUGCGAGCACGGUGGUCCCCGCCGAUAAGCCGAUGUCCAAUGAGAAAGAGAAGGACAAGGAAAAGGCCCAUAAGCAUCAUUUUUUGUCGAGGCAAAAGCUGAAGUUAAAGGACCGAGAUGAUCAUUACAAUCUACCGCUAUCUUCUGCUUCUAGUAACUCCAAACCGUCCGACCCGAACGCCCCCCAGUCGCUUUACUCAUUUACACCUGCUUCUCCGGGUCCAACGUCGACUACGUUUGGCAAAUCGGUGAGUGGGUUAGAUAUCCUUCACGGUGGUCGGGCUUUACGGGAAAAGAAGAAGGAGGAGAAGGAGAAAGAGAAGGCGAUGGCGGAGUCGGAGCAGCAUGAAUGGAUGACUGGCCCGACAGGCGUUGGUGGUACGUCGACUGUAUUUGCGGGGCCAUCCUCAAUUGGCUCGGCUGGGGGUCUCACAGAGGCUGCUCUUCGAGAAACCUUACAAGGGUUUGGCCUCAACAACAUGUCGCCGGAAGAUGCGUGGGAUUUCCUGAAGGCUAAGCUGUUGGUGAUUUUCGAUGGGGAAGACGUUCGUAUUUCCAUCGAAGAUCUCAACAAGCUGGUGUUGAUUCACAUCCAGCGCUGUGUGCAAAAGCGCACACCAUCCGCCAUUGUUGAUGAUCUACGGGAGCUACUCGAGACCGGAUUUGCAUCCUUGAAUCAUACAUUAAACGGGGUACCCGAUGAGAAGCUGGUUCCUCAUUUGGUGCAAAUAUGGAUGCUAGUCUUUGGCACAAUUCUUCCGUUCAUACAGGCUGUCUUCUUACCCUUGGACCUCGAGUUCAGGGGUUGCGGGACUGUGAUGAACCUUCGAGAGGCCCGCGAGUUCUGGGCUGCCGCCUUGAAUGGGGAUUAUCCUGGGUGCGAGCUUGAAGUCCGCAACCUUGUGUUGAUAGCUUUCCGUGAUAAGGUCAUUCUUUAUCGUUACGACGGCCUUAAGGCUACAUUUUCCCGGUUGAGUCUUGAAAAUAUCAACUUGGGCAAUUCUGCCCUCAGCGUAACGACAAAGAGCAGCAGUAGUAGUGGUCGGCCCGCAACAGCUGCCUCGCUGGAUGCCGGUUUUGGCAGCUACAAUUCUCAGUCUUCCACUCUCCUCAAUACUGCGGCCAGCUACUCUUCAGACUCUAUGAGCUGCAACCGCAGUCGUGCUGCUUCCAACACUUCGUCCAACCCUGACCAACUUAUCUUCCAAUCGUUUUCGUCCCCGACACAACGGCCGACCAUCAUCCAUCGAUCGUCUCAUACCGCUGAUACGUCUCAUGUUAUCACAGAGACCGUUGGUCGGAUGCUUCAAUGCGUUAGUGUUUUAGCCAGUGUGCAGACGGGCGGCAAACCGCAAGAGAAAAUUGAGCUUCUGAGCAAAGCGCUUAAGCACAAUUGGCUCGGCCGUGGCCGCACUGGGCGAGACCGACGAGGAUUUGUUGGAGCUAAGAUUCGACCGGCGAUGGUUACACGGACCGAGAGCGAUGAUUCCAUGAGAGAUAGAAACGGUGAUUCGGGUAUCAUGCGAGAUGGGCAUCGGGAAAUGAGUGUUCUUUGA